AUGUCUUUUUCUGCAGACGGCGAUGGCCGUCUCGACCUCAAACGCCGCGUCCAAGACAUGGACAAUGAUAACUGGAAAGAAGGCCAUACACGAGUGGCAGGGCAAAAACGCUUCAAGUCCACAGCCAACGUUCGAAUCGUGGAACGUCUCAAGCACAUAACAUGGGCAUGGUUCACAUUUGUCAUGAGCACAGGCGGUAUUGCGCUACUGCUACACUCAACGCCACAUCAGUUUCGAGGUCUGCAGGUUAUCGGCAAGAUCUACUUUAUCCUUACGUUGGUCCUUUUUGUUGCCAUCGUAUCUGGUCUUGGUUUUCGCUUCAUGAAGACGCCGUAUGCGCUGAGGAGUAGCUUAAUGCAUCCCACUGAGAGUCUUUUCUUCCCGUGCUCUCUACUCAGCGUCGCUACUAUCAUUGCGAAUGCAACUGUAUAUGGUAUUCCCGCUACUGGGCCGUGGCUAGCUACUGCAUUGCGAGUGUGUUUCUGGUUGUAUGCUGGGCUUUCGAUCUUAUCCGCCAUAGUCCAGUUCUAUGUCCUUUUCACCGGGGCUCAUUUGCCUAUUCAUUCCAUGACACCAGCAUGGAUUCUACCAGUAUUUCCAGCAAUGCUCACUGGGACCCUCGCUUCUGCCCUCAUGUCCUCUCAGAGCCCGGAACAUCGAAUGUCAAUGCUAGUAGCUGGCCUGACUUUCCAGGGUCUUGGGUGGACAGUAUCUCUGUUCAUGUAUCCGUUGUACUUGGGCAGGUUGAUGCAGGAUGGUCUCCCAGCACCAGCAAUGCGACCUGGCAUGUUCAUCGCUGUAGGCCCAGCAGGAUACACAGCGGUGGCCAUCAUCGGUAUGUCGAGAUCGCUUCCAGAAGGCUAUGGCUACUUUGCAACAUACCCAAUGGCGAACGAAAUCCUUCAAGUGUUGGCACUCUGGACUGGCGUAUGGAUCUGGUGUGUUGGCUUCUGGUUCCUUGGAUUCAGCCUCUUCGCCGUUCUCGCCUCUGCAUUGAGAUGGAAAUUGAAGUUCAGCAUGAGUUGGUGGGCUUUUGUCUUCCCGAAUAUUGGCUUCACCCUAGCCACAGCGUACAUUGGUGAGGAAUUGCAGAGUGAAGGGAUUAAGUGGGUGUCAAGUGUAAUGACAAUAUUGCUCGUGAUCAUGUGGUUUGUUGUUUUAUAUGGAAUGAUCUCAGCGGUGAUCCGUAGGAAGCUUCUAUGGCCUGGACGGGACGGCGAUGAAUCCUGA